AUGUCGGAAUACUGCAAGAAGUUUGGGGUAACGGCGCCCGACUGGCUUCUCACGAGAGGCGUUCUGAUCUUCUGGAUGGACGGAUUCGGCGAGCCUUUGCGUGCAGACUUUGCUACCUCUGCUGGUGAUGUUGGGUUCUCGGUGCCCUACUCGCAUCCUGUACUAGCCGAUAAGGCGAUGCGCAACGAGGUAGACCGCCACUUGCACGAGGAGUGUAGUCACUUUGCCAGAGAUUAUCAAGAGGGCGUGCACGCAAGUCUCUACAAGUUGUAUCACGCACAGGCUGAAUGGACGCACAUCGGGACUGAGGUAGCGUUAUUCCCGAAGAUCCUGAAGGGCCAACUCUCGCCUGCGUUCAUCAGCGAUUCCAUAGAGCAAGCCUCGACAUUGCCAGUCCACUCCAUCGCUGACACAAGUACGAAAGAUCUCAUGAAUCUGGCUGGCCAUGACCCUUUCGCGCCCGCUACGGGCACCCGUUCCAUGCAGACAAUGGAGCCAACGAAACCUUCCACCAGUCCGCAAACCGACACUGAAGACUUCGAUGACAUCGCAGCAGCGAUCAGUCUGAUGAUGAUGCAGACUGCCGACUCGGCCAAAGACAAGUUCUCCUUGGACAACGAUCACUCCGGUACCCUUGAAGCUCCCGAAGCCCCCUCAAUACGGGUGACAGAACCGAACAAGAAUGACAUUUCGUUGGAGACCAAAGACUUUGGUAGUUUUAUCGCAGCUACAACAACAAGAAGAGCGCGCCCAAUUCACAUCCCUUCCAUAUUCACCAGUCAUCGCGUUGCUGCUGGCUCUCCCACUCUCAGCUUUGCGCAACAAUCCACUGUGGUUGAUGAACAGCUGCCACUGGCCUGGCUCCAAGACAUGUCCAACAGCCCUGAGUUCGGUGGCGGCGAUGUGACCAAUUGGGAUGACCCCACACCGGAAUGCUUUUCCGCACCGCCGCCUAUACUGGAGCGGACUCCAAUGUUGCCAACGCAAGCGGCUAUGAACUCAACUCACGACAUAUGUCUUCCAUUGGACAACGCCACUUCCAUAAGCCUGUGGCUCGACGAUAUCAGCAGUGGGUUCACACCUGAGUCCUUGAGUUCUUCUCUACCAUCACCGGAGGAGCGCGCAGCCCCAUGUUCGAGCCGAGAGUACGACUCGUCAGGGCUAUCUCAACUAUGCGAAUUGCCUACGGUUCCACCGAAGAAGCGCAAGCGCUCGUCCUCCGUCUUAUCAGAUGUCCAGUGCGCACGGCGCCCGUCCUGGAACCAACCUUGGCCCUCAUCAUCCAUCUUACCGGACCAUGACGUUCCACAGUUCGCCUAUCCCGAUAUGGCAAACGAUAUGCAUGCGAUAGAGAGCCUAUGGGAGGGCCCAACGUGCGUGGAGCAGGCCGGCGACGACAACCACCCUGUGAACGAAGCCUCCUUGAACCAUGCGACAGGUACGGUGCUAUUCGUAUCAGAAAGCCAGCUUCAGCUUGGGAGCGACAGCUGCUACACAUCGGCUAAGUGGCUGGUCUAG